AUGUCUCAAGAUUAUUCCAAGGCUAUUGGUACAGUUGACCGAGGUGUACUAGUCGGAAAUGAGUUAAAGGAUGUAAAGUCAGGAAAUGUGUUGACUGGGAGUGAUACGACAGAAUUUUUUGAAAAGGCGUCAGUGCAGAAAAGUGAUUUCGAAUAUUUUGAAGGAGAUGAGACGAAGUUUCGAAGGUUUGUUAAUUCGUUCAAGAAAGCUCCAGGGAGAGAAAAUGACCAAGAGUCGUUACAGGAUAAUAAUAAACAUGAAAAAUUAAAGCAGACAAUCAGACCUCGACAUGUGGUUAUGAUUUCUUUGGGUACCGGAAUCGGUACUGGGUUGUUAGUCGGUACUGGUAAGGCUUUAUACAACGGUGGACCUGGUGGUUUGGCUGUUGGCUUUUUUGUAAUGGGAACAUGUGUAUACUGUGUUAUUCAAGCCGCAGGUGAAAUGGCUGUGAACUACCCUGCUUUGUCUGGAGGUUUCAAUGCAUACCCAUCAUUUCUGGUUGAUCCAGGGUUUGGGUUCGCAACGGCAUGGUUGUAUUGUAUACAAUGGUUAUGUGUGUUCCCAUUGGAGUUAGUUACCGCCUCCAUCACAAUAAAAUAUUGGACUACUGCUAUAAACCCUGAUAUUUUUGUGGCUGUAUUUUACCUGCUUAUUAUCGUCAUCAAUUUUUUUGGUGCCAGAGGCUAUGCAGAAGCGGAAUUUUUCUUCAACACUUGCAAGGUGCUGAUGAUAAUAGGGUUUUUCAUCGUCGGCAUUUUGGUCAACACCGGUGCUGCUGGUAAUGAUGGGUAUAUCGGUGCAAAGUACUGGAGGGAGCCUGGGUCUUUCGGAGGCCAUACAGCGAUAGAUCAUUUCAAGGGUGUCGUCUCUACUUUGGUCAACGCCGCGUUUAGUUUGGGAUGCUCCGAGUUCGUUGCAUUGACAGCCGCAGAACAAGCGAACCCCCGUAAGUCUGUUCCGUCUGCUGCCAAGAAAAUGCUUUACAAAGUUUUUGUCGUAUUUUUGGGUUCGGUCACCCUAAUUGGCUUUUUGGUUCCCAAGAACUCCUCUGAGUUAAUGGGUUCCACCGAUUCUUCAGUCCAUGUGUCCCCUUACGUUAUUGCAGUUGCGUCACACGGUGUAAGGGUUGUUCCUCACUUCAUUAAUGCUGUAAUUCUACUUUCGGUGUUGUCCGUUGGUAACUCUGCGUUCUACUCGUCUUCGCGUCUACUUCUAUCAUUGGCUGAACAAGGGUAUGCUCCUCCCGUAUUUAAAUACAUCGACCGUCAAGGUAGACCGCUAAUGGCGAUGAUGGUAUCUAUCACUAUGGGUUGUCUCUGUUUUGUUGCUGCGUCUCCAAAGGAGGAGACCGUAUUCAUCUGGCUUUUAGCAAUUUCUGGUUUGUCUCAAUUAUUUACAUGGACAUCCAUCUGUAUUUCCCACAUCCGUUUCAGAAAGGCACUACUAGUUCAAGGUAGGGGCUGGGACGGCUUAGGAUUCAAGGCCCAAACAGGUGUUUGGGGUUCCUAUUAUUCCGCUGUAAUUAUGAUACUGACGUUCAUUGCUCAGUUUUGGACCUGCCUAAUACCUAUGGGUUCCAGCAAACCAAAUGCCGAAUCCUUCUUUGAAGGUUACCUUGCCUUCCCCAUAUUUGUCGCCCUAUAUUUUGGUUACAAAAUUUACAAUAAAAACUGGCAAUUGUUCAUACCUGCAGAAAAGAUCGACCUUGAUUUACAUCGGAAAAUCUUUGACGCUGACGUCCUCAAGCAAGAGGAUGCAGAAUACAGAGCAAAAUUGCGGGAUUCAAGCAUGUGGCACCGUAUCGCAGCCCUAUGGUGUUGA